CUCUCUCUGCUCCCUCUCUCUUUCUCUCUCUAAAAAAGAAGAUGAAGGUGAAGAUUGAUAGGAAAACAGUGGAGAAGAACAGGAGGAUACAAAUGAAGAGCUUGUGCUUCAAGCUCUCCUCUGUCAUCCCUAAACAUGCUCAUAACUACAACUUCUCAAAGGACGCGUUAUCGCAGUAUGAUCAUCUAGACCAUGCUAUUGAUUACAUAAAAAAAUUGAGUGAACGAAUCGAAAGACUGAAACAGAGGAAGAAUAGCGUCACGGGCGAAGCGAGCGACAAGGAAUCGGACGGUGGCAUGGCCGGUGAGCUCGGGCUGCCCGUGGUCGAGGUGAGGCACCAAGACUCGAUCGUCGAGGUGGUCCUCAUCACUAGUCUAAAAACGAGCUUCGUGUUCCACGAGACGAUCAAAGUUUUAGAAGAAGAGGGUAUUGACGUUCUCAACGCUGGCUUCUCGGUUGUGAGGGACAAAAUUUUCUACACCAUACACUCGCAGGUUGUUUCAUCUAUAAAUGAUUUUGAGGCUUCAAAGGUGUCUGAGAGACUAAAGAAAUUGAUAUAACCAUCGUGUUCCUCUAUGAUUUUCGAUUUGUGUAUCGUUGAUAGAAGACGUUUCAAAAUCGUCAGAUGUAGUCAAGAUGCGUUCAUGAUUUGAAUUGUAGUAGUGCAGAUGUAUGCCUUAUCUUUUUAAGGACAACAAAGAAUAAAAUUAUUUA